AGAGAGAGAGAGAGAGAGAGAGAGAGAGAGAGGAUGCUGAAAUACUGAAGACUGUGUCGGGAUCAUAGUCAGUCCUACUAUCAGCGUCAAAGAUCCUGGAAAUGUGCAGGUUUAUCUGUCAUGGAUGCAAAUAUAAUACCAAAAUUUGCCUCCAAAGACGAGGAAAUUGACUUCUGGAAGGCUCUUUCGCUGAAGUACAAGAAAAGUUAUAAGGAGGCACACGAGGAGUUGCUGGAGUUCCAAGAGGGGAGCAGAGAGCUAGAGACAGAGCUGGAGACACAACUGGGCCAAGCGGAGCAUCGCAUCAGAGACCUGCAGGCGGACAAUGAGAGACUGCAGCACGAGCUCGACUCGCUGAAGGAUAAGCUGGAGUAUCAGUAUUCUCAGAGCUAUAAACAGAUCUCUGUACUGGAGGACGACCUCAGCCAGACUCGAGGCAUCAAGGAGCAGCUGCAUAAAUACGUCAGAGAGCUAGAACAGGCCAAUGACGACCUGGAGAGAGCUAAGAGAGCCACGAUUACAUCUCUGGAGGACUUUGAGCAGAGGCUGAACCAGGCCAUCGAGAGGAACGCCUUUCUUGAGAGUGAACUGGAUGAGAAAGAGUCUCUCCUGGUGUCUGUGCAGAGACUAAAAGAUGAAGCCAGAGAUUUGCGGCAAGAGCUUGCGGUGCGAGAGAGCCGGCCGGAGGUGACGAGAAUGUCGGCUCCCAGCUCUCCGACUCCAGACAAUGACAAAACAGACUCGGCGGUCCAGGCCUCCCUCUCUCUGCCGGCCACACCUCUCAGCAAGAACCUGGACAAUGCUUUCACUAGCCAAACGGGUCUGGCCAACAGCUCAACUAAUGCAGCCCUCACUCCAUCUGCUAGAAUAUCAGCGCUCAAUAUUGUUGGCGAUCUACUGCGCAAAGUUGGGGCUUUAGAGUCUAAGCUCACAGCCUGUCGAAAUUUUGCCAAGGACCAGGCAGCCAGGAAGAACUAUGUCACAAAUGUCAACGGCAAUCUGAUUAACGGCGACCUUUCAAAUUACUCACACUCGCUCCACACAUCCUACUUCGACAAAGCCAGAAGAGAGAGGGUCAUUUUCCCUGCGUUGCUCUUGGCAGGACAGUGAACGGUUUGGAUCCCGGGACCGUGACGAACAUCAAAGCCCCGCUAUGCUCCAACUCUCCAUCCGGCCUGGUGCUCACAGUGUAACACUUAAAACACACUCACUCCACUGAAAGAAGCACUAUACAGCAAUAUAACUGUUCCUUUUAAUGCACUACUGAAUCUGUGUCGAGAUUACAGUGGGUUACAACAAGGUUAGUAAUAAUGCCCAACUGUAGCAGCACCUCAUACUAGUCUUUGUUGCAAUAUCCUACAUUUUACUGCUGAAAUACCUGUUAAUAUUUCCUAAAGAUGUAUAUACCCAUCUAAUAUAUUUAUGGUUACUGUUAAUUUAGAUAUAAACAUAUACAGUAUGUACAUGGUUAAUUUAGUUUUCUGUAUUCUUUGCAAAUGUGAUGUCUUUUACCACGGUCUAAAAAUGUAUUUAUUGCUGUAGUGUGUUGGAAGGCAAUGUAUGUGAGAUCUGAAAACAAAAGGGAAUUUACACUAUUAAUAUAUGUUGUGCAACACAUGCAGUGUUUGUGUAUAAGAAGGUAGAGCUGAUAUAUGAAUUAUAUACUGUAUAUUGAAGGGAAGAUGAAGUGUGGCGAUCUGACUAUCUAGACUUACAUGUGCACUUAAAUCACCAAUUGUUCAAUCUUGGUUCACAAGGUCAUUUUUUUUCCGGGUAGGAUUUACAUUAAGUGCUAAUGUGUGCCUCAGAUGAGUGAACUUCCCGUAUUUUGUCCCUGAAACGUG